AUGAGUUUACUUUCUCAAAAUCAGUGUCAAACACUGCUAGUUUUUAUCGUAACCACGAUCAUUGUCUUAUCUUCAACGUCAACGACAUUUGUUUUUGGUCAAGAAGUCGCCAUUGACGGCACCUCAGCAAUGGGCAUAACAUCAUCGACGGAAAAAAUGAGUGGAAAAAUUGAAAUUGUCAGCUAUGAAUUUGUUAAAAAUCUACCCAACGAUCAUCCGGAAAUCCUGCUGAUAGAUGUUCGUGAACCUCAUGAAUUACAGGCAACUGGUCAGAUACCUACCAGUAUUAAUAUACCAUUGGGCACUGUGAAGCAGGUGUUGGGUCCCGAGACAUCCGCCGAAGAAUUUAAACAGAAGUUUGUGCGUGAGAAACCUUCGUUGGAUAGUCCAAUUGUUUUCUAUUGUCGUUCGGGUAGAAGAUCACAAGAGGCUGCCGAAACUGCUGUGGCAUUGGGUUAUACCAACAUUAAGAACUAUAAAGGUUCAUGGUUGGAAUGGUCAAAACGUGAAGGUCUACCCCAAUAA